GCUGUUUAAUAAGUCUAUUUAUUAUUAUUGUUUCAAGAAUAAAAACAAUGAGAUAGCAGUAAUAUAUUUAAUUUUUUUAUUUUUUUUUAAAUAUUAAAAAAUAGUUUUAAUAAAUUAUAUUGUAGAAUAAUUAAGUGCAAAGAAGUUUAAGAUUAAAAAUGAUUUCGAGUUUUUAUGAAAAAUUAGUUGGAAGUUCGCAACAAGAGUCUUCCAGUCCCAAAAUUUUGUGUGUUGGGCUUGUGUGCCUUGACAUUGUACAAACAUGUAAAAAUUUUCCAUUAGAAGAUACUGAUACUCGAUGCAUUGAUUAUAGAUGGCAACGCGGCGGUAACGCUUCGAACAAUUGCACGGUAUUGUCCAAACUGGGAAGUAAAUGCGAAUUUUUUGGCACACUUGGAACAGAGCACCACUUGAAAUUUUUGAAAGACGACAUGCUUAAGUACAGUAUUGAUUUUAGUCAUUGCCCAAUAAUUGAUAAAAUUGGUUGUCCCACAUCGACAGUUAUAUUGAGUUUACAAGCCGGAUCCAGAACUAUAUUGCAUCACAAUCCAAAUUUACCAGAACUUACUAGUCAAGAUUUUGAAAAAUUAAAUUUAGAUAAUUACCGCUGGAUACAUUUUGAAGGAAGAAAUAUUCCACGAGUAUUGGGGAUGAUGCAAUCCAUUGAAAAUUAUAAUAGUAAAUUAAAAUCAAUAAAAUCAAAUAAUAAUACUACACCGAUAACUGUUAGUGUUGAAUUGGAAAAAAAUAAAAUUGAAUUAUUGGAUUUAUUGCCGUAUGCAGAUGUUGCAUUUAUUUCAAAAGAUUUUGCUUGUAGUCGAGGAUAUAGUAAUAUGACGGAAACUAUUAAAAAUAUUUCACGUGAUGUUAAAUCUGGAGCGACAAUUAUUUGUGCGUGGGGUGACAGAGGAGCAAUGGCAAGAACACCAGAUGGUACAAUUGUUCAAUCACCGGCAUUUCCUCCAACGCAAAUAAUUGAUUCAUUAGGUGCCGGCGACACGUUUACUGCAGCCGUAUUGCACUAUUUAAAUCACGUUAAAUUAAAAAAAAGUCAAUUUAAUGUAAUAAAUACCGACAAUACAGAUCAGAUAACUAAAACUCAACAACAAUCAGAUCAAGAUCCAUCAUCAUCAUCAAAUUCUAAUAUAGUUCCUAAAAAGAUAACAUUUAAUUGUAACAUUGAGAGCUCAGAGUACAGCAACACUGACUUUAUUGAUCAAACAAUUUUACAAGCAGCCAUUACGUUUGCUUGCCGUACUGCCGGUAAUAAAAUUGGGUUCAAAGGUUACGAUCAUCUACAAUCAACUCCAAUCUGUUUUUAAUUGUAAUAAAUAAUAA